AUGGGGUCUGUUAAUGGGCCUUUUCCCGGGGCUGUCAGUAGGAGUGUUAUGUUGACGCCGGCUAGGGCUGGUGCAAUGGGCAGCGACAGUGCACACCCACAGCCGGCGGCGGAGAUGAGUGUCAAGGUGCCGCCCACCCCAAUUGAACGCACCAUCGUCAUCAAGAACAGCAUGGUCAUCAACAUGCAG